AAAUACUGGGCUAAGAAAGAACAGAAGUGGCAAGAAAUGGAAACGAGAGCUCUUUGGCGUCUAGAAGAAGUGAAGAAAUUAAUGGCUGAACAGUCGGUAAAAGACAGAGAAAGGGUUAAAUAUAGACAAGAACUGUUGGAAAAACGUUUGAUGGAAAAGAAAGAAGUGGCCCUUCAAGAAGCACAUGAAGAAGAAGAGAGAGAGAGGCGACUAGAAGCCCUUCGGAAACAGGUCGCUGUUGCUGCUCAAUUUGAUCCUGUUAGAAUGAUGUCAGAUACAAUGGCAUGGAAAGCUAGGAUGGGCAUUGACUCUGAGCAAGAAUUUAUUCUUCAAAAGCCACUCUUUACAUUGAAUACGUACAAUGAGCAGCAGAUAAUUUCUGACCCUAGACUUCGCUUUGAGUUAGCAAUUCGAGAAGGGGGACUUCAUAAAACAUUAUAUGCCAAGGAGAUGUUGCCAAAAAUCAGACCUCAGAAACCUCCAAGGAAGGACAUGGAGUCUACUGUAUUUAAAAUCUAGAGCCAUAUUCAAAUUCCAUUAUAUACAAAUAAGACUUUUCUUUGACAACAUUUAUAUGGACGACAAUAAUUACCACUUUGUAACAUUUCUUAAAUAUAAGAUGUAGAAAUCAUAGCAUCUAUUAAAAUCUAUUAAAAUACCUUUGCCUUUCUUUUGUGAUUUUUAAAAUUUUAUGCACUAUUUCCUAUAUUUUUGUUAUAUUCAAUAUUACCAAAUUCAUCACAAUUAUGGAACUUAAUUAUGGGACAUUUGGCAUAUAUGCUGUCAUUUAGUAAACUGCAUUUUGCAAGUUGUGUUAUCCCAAGAAAAGAAUUUGAAGUAACCAUUUACAAGAAUUAUAAAUUAUGUAGCUUCUACCUGCUAGCGUUCAUUUCUGCUUUUUAUUCCAGAAUUUGACUUUUUAAAUUAUGGACACUUCAUUACUGUUAAUACUUCUAUUAUUUUUUGAUUACUGUAAGAGGAGAUUCAGCCUUUCUCUAAAUUUAGAAACCAAUUUGGUACACCAUGUUUACUGCAAACCAGUCAUCCAAACAAUUUCAUUUUGCAAAUUAGCCCUUAAGAAUAAAUUAGAAUUUAGAAAUAACAUUUCAAGCAUGGGAAUACCUAUUUUAGUUUGGAAAAAUGUAUUUGGUUCUUUAGAAGGAACAUUUAAAUUUUUAUGAUAUUUGGAAUGCUAUCAAAAGUUUUAAAUUAUUUAAGAAACACUUAGAUGAUCUUAUAGAAAAGGAGAAGUUCAAAUAAAACCAAGCAUAAAAUUUUG